AUGUUUUUUAUCUCUUUAAUUAGAAUUGAGAUAAUAUUUGAUCAUGAUUUAUUGAAAUAUCAAUAAUUUUAACAACAACUACUAAAGUAAUGUUAAAUAUGUGAGGACACAUUUAAUCUUGUUAAUAAAACAUGCAUAAAUAUUAGUGGCGAUGGAAAUAAAAAUAAGGAUUUGAAGAAUGCGAUGAUGGAAAUGAAAUUGAGUUUGAUGUAUGCUAAGAUUGUAAAUACAAUAAUUAAUGGUUUAAUUUGUAAUUACUAUUUAUAAAAUAGUAAAAUAUAAAUAAGGUAUAUAUUAUAUUGUUUCAAAUUAUGAUGAAAAAGAAUCCAAAAAAACAAUGUAUCAAAAUAUCUUAAAUUUUAAGUUAAUUGCUUGAAUAAUUGCGCAAAAAGAAUUAUUUGAUCAAUCUGUAUUCACGUAUUAAAGGAUGUUUGGUUUGUUAAGAAAAUAAUGUUUGUUUAUAAUGUAACAAUGAAGAACAAUUUAUUCUUGAUAAUGAAACUCUCAUAAUUGCAUUACUUAACACUAUUUAGAGGAGGAAGUUCAAUUAAUAAAUAGUUAAGAUCAUAAAAAUUCAGAGGAAAUUCAAAUUAGUGACAGUGAAGAUACCAACAACCACAAUAAUGAUGAGGAUGUUCAAAUUCUAUAAAGUGAUUAUUAAUUAUUUGAAUUGA